AGUGCGGAGAUGCAGAUCGGAGACCGAAAAACUGUGGCAGAAAAAUGUUUCCAAGCGAGCGCGAAAUCUUGGCAUGAAUUUUCCAGCCAGACCCGCAAAAAGCUCCGCCGACUUUGCGAUCCAGCAACUUUUCUCCGGUCAUAACUCUUUGAUAUCUGUAUUUUCUUUUUUCUUUUUUCUUUUCCCUCUGUAGGUCAUCUGCGAUUGACGGCCAAACCACUUUUCUGCCGGCGAUCAAACCGCGCAGAUGGCGACGACUGCAGCUCCCACGGCCGUCGCUGGCCCGUCCCAAAAACAGGACAACUCCGCUGCUCGCGCUGCAAAGCAACGACUGGCUGAAGCACAGAAGACUUAUGGCAGAGGAAAAGGAGUGCAUACGCAGAGCGUUCGGGAUAGGAAACUGCGCCACCGUCUCAAGGCGGUCGAGUCCAAGUACAAAGAUGCGGCGCUGAAGGCCAAGGAUGCGGAGAUCUUGCUCGAGAAUGAGGCCGGAUUCAUCGAGCCGGAAGGGGAGCUGGAGCGGACGUACAAGGUCCGUCAGGAUGAGAUCAAAGAGAAUAUCGGAAUCGAGACAGCCAAGAAGGGCUUCGAGCUGAAGUUGGAGGACAUGGGACCGUAUCGUGCAGACUACACGAGGAAUGGCAGAAACCUGCUGCUGGCAGGACGAAAGGGUCAUGUUGCGACGAUGGACUGGAGAGCAGGCAAACUGGGUUGUGAGCUGCAGCUGGGAGAGACGGUUCGCGAUGCCAAAUGGCUGCAUAACAACCAGUACUUUGCCGUCGCGCAGAAGAAAUACGUCUACAUCUACGAUCAUGCUGGUGUCGAGUUGCACUGUCUGAACAAGCAUGUCGAGGCCACUCAUCUGGAGUUUCUGCCAUACCACUUCCUUCUUGCGAGUGCUGCUACGAGCGGUUUCCUCAAAUAUACAGACACUUCGACCGGCCAGUUGGUCGCGGAGCUGCCCACUCGGUUAGGCUCGCCUACAUCUCUCUGCCAGAACCCGUGGAACGCCAUCCUGCAUGUCGGUCACCAGAAUGGAACGGUUACCCUCUGGUCGCCAAACUCCCAGACUGCCCUCGUGAAAGCCCUCGUCCACAGGGGACCUGUGCGCUCGAUGGCAGUGGAUAGACUAGGCCGGUACAUGGUUUCCACGGGCCAGGACAUGAAGAUGAACGUUUGGGAUAUUCGCAUGUUCCGCGAAGUUCAUUCGUACUCUACCUUCCAGCCCGGCUCGUCCGUUGCUAUCAGCGACCGCGGUCUCACCGCCGUCGGAUGGGGUACACAGGUCAGCGUCUGGAGAGGUCUCUUCGACGCCGCGGCAGCAGACCAAGGCAAAGUCAAGUCGCCCUACAUGGCCUGGGGUGGUGAUGGACAGCGCAUUGAGACUGUCCGGUGGUGCCCUUUCGAGGAUAUCCUCGGAACUACUCACGACAAGGGUUUCGCCAGCCUCAUCGUCCCUGGCGCUGGAGAGCCCAACUUCGACGCUCUGGAAGUGAACCCGUACGAAACCACUGAGCAGCGACGGGAGGGCGAAGUCCGCGCUCUGCUGAACAAGCUGCAACCGGAGAUGAUCUCUCUGGACCCCAACUUCGUCGGUCGCCUCGACACCAUCAGCGAGAAGAAACGCCAAGAGGAGCGCAAGGAAGACAACCCCAGAGAAGACCCGAUCGAAAAGCUCAAGAACCGCGGCCGUGGCCGCAACAGUGCUCUGCGCAGAUAUCUCCGCAAGAGAGGCCAGCCCAACGUCAUCGACGAGAAGCGACUCAAGGCCGAAGCGCUUCGCGAACAGCAAACCGCCCGCGCCAAGGCGAAGCUGCAGCGCGAAAAGGAAGAAUUGGGACCUGCUCUGGCCAGAUUUGCAAAGAAAGAGAUCUAGUCGCCGCUGUUCUUCUCUCUCUUCUUUUGCAACUCUCUGGUUUUCGCUUUUACGCCGCAGCUGUUCAGAUACCCAGUUUUAUUCAAUAGCUCGAGGGCGUUGUUACGUUUAACGCUUAUCAUCGUAUUGCAUUUCUAGGCGUCGGGAUCUUGUAUAAAGAAGGGGGGAGUCGGGUGUUGAAAAUAUAAAAAAGUUUAUCAAUACAUAUAGUUAUACAU